AUGUUCACUCUCACGCCGCUGUUGGGCGCGCAAUCUGAGUCUGCUGCGUCGCAAUCGCUGCUGGAGCUGGAUGGAGGCGUCAAGAUCCUCAUCGACGUGGGCUGGGACGAGUCCUUGGACGCCGACAAGCUGGUUCACAUUGAGCAAAAUGUGUCGGCAAUAUCCCUCAUCCUCCUCACUCACCCAACGCUGAACCACCUGGGCGCAUUCGCGCAUUGCUGCAAACACAUCCCGCUCUUCUCGUCCAUUCCCGUCUACGCUACCACCCCUGUCGUCUCACUCGGUCGCACUCUCAUCCAGGACCUGUAUGCCUCAGCUGCCCACCAGGCCUCCAUCGUGCCUGCCUCUGCCCUCGCCGAGUCGCUGUCCAAGACCCAAGUCCCUGCCAACUUCCUGCUCCAACCUCCCUCCACCGACGAGAUUGCCUCAUACUUCUCUCUAAUCAACCCUCUCAAAUACUCGCAACCUCAUCAACCUAUUCCCUCACCAUUCUCUCCGCCGCUCGGAGGCCUCACCAUCACCGCCUACAAUGCCGGUCACACUCUUGGUGGAACUAUCUGGCAUCUGCAACACGGCCUCGAGUCCAUUGUCUACGCCGUUGACUGGAACCAGGCCAGAGAGAAUGUUUUGUCAGGUGCUGCGUGGCUGGGCGGUGUUGGUGGUGGUGCUGAGGUCAUUGAACAAUUGCGCAGGCCCACAGCUCUGGUCUGCAGUACAAAAGGUGCCGAUCGUUCACAUCUAUCCGGUGGCCGCAAGAAGCGUGACGAUGCUCUGCUUGCUCUGGUCAAUCAGACCAUCUCGAAUGGCGGCACCGUCCUGAUCCCUACCGACUCGAGCGCUCGUAUGCUGGAACUGGCUUACAUCCUCGAACACCACUGGCGACAGGGAAUCAACGGACCCAAUCAAGAGCUGUACAAGAACACAAAAUUGGCCUUCGCUGCAAAGUCCGCCUCUUCCACCCUCCGAUAUGCUCGGAGUAUGAUCGAAUGGAUGGACGACGCUAUUGCACGUGAAAUGGAAGCUGCUGUCCAGGGAAAGUCGGACAAUACACAGAGAAACCAGACCGGUCGUGAUGAGGAUACGCCCUUUGACCUAAAGUACCUCAAACUCGUCGAAAAGAAAACUCAGUUACAUCGCAUUCUGGAUUCUGGAAAACCUGCCGUCAUCCUAGCAAGUGACAAAUCACUCGAGUGGGGCUUCUCUAAUGAUGCUAUUCGCAAGAUCUGCAAUGAUCCUCGCAAUCUUGUUGUAUUGACAGAAAGAGCUGCAAAUCCAUCUCCGGAAAACAAGGGUAUUGGUCGCUUCUUGUGGGAGUACUGGCGCCAACAGGUCGAGUCCCGGGACGAAGAUGUAAACGUUGUUGAGACAUCAGGUGCUGAGGCAGAAGUUCGUAACCUGGGUGUUGCCCGUCUUGAAGGCGACGAGAACCUUCUCUAUCAGCAAUACCUUGCACGAAGACGCCAAAUGCAUAGCACCCUACAAGGUGACAAUACCUUGUCGAAAGAGAAUGCAGCAGAAAUAGCCGACGACGGUUCCUCAAGCAGUUCCGAAUCUUCUGAUGAAUCCGAGAACGAACACCAAGGCAGAGCUUUAAACAUUUCUGCAACCAUGACACACCGAAGGAAAGUAGGUCUGACGGACGCGGAACUCGGCAUUAACGUACUCUUGCGACGCAAGAAUGUUUACGACUACGACGUGCGCAAUAAGAGAGGGCGUGAAAAGGUCUUCCCCUACGUCGCCAAACGCGGUCGAGCAGACGACUUUGGUGAAAUCAUCCGACCUGAAGAAUAUCUUCGUGCGGAAGAGAAGGACGACACCGAAGGUCAGGACGCAGCAGAAGCCAAGACAGAGACUGCUGUUGGACAAAAACGCAAAUGGGACGAGGUCGCACCCCGUGCGAUACAGAAUGGACGAAAUGGCAAGUUCCCGGACAAGAGAAACAAGAAUGACGACCGAGAAGCUACAAACACGAGACCGUUGGCAAACCAAGAUCAUGACAUGAACGGAGAUGUGGCCAGUGAGUCAGAGGAAUCUGAUUACGAGCCUGAAGAGUCUUUGCCAGAGGGUCCCCUCAAGGCUAUCUUCACCAAAGAAUCGUUGCAACUCAAUCUGAGGAUAGCUUACGUCGAUUUCUCUGGUCUGCAUGAGAAGCGUGAUCUGCAGAUGUUGAUACCCCUCAUCCGACCAAGAAAGCUGAUUUUGAUUGCUGGAGAGGAAGCCGAGACUUUGGCACUCGCCGAAGACUGCAAGACUCUACUCGCAUCUGCGGAAGGAAAUGUCGUUGACAUCAUGACUCCUGUCAUUGGCCAGACUGUAGAUGCCAGUGUCGACACAAACGCAUGGACGCUAAAACUCAGCCGAAACUUGGUCAAGAAGCUUGCAUGGCAGAACGUCAAGGGUCUUGGUAUUGUGGCUGUCACAGGUCGUCUUGAGGCUGUGCAGAAGCUGCUCGCCCAUGCCAAUGGCAAUGGAGAUGAGGUUACGAAGAGGAAGAAGCAAAAGAUGAUCGAAGGUGACAACGAGACCGACGCUCCUGACGCUGCUGAUGACACUGAAAUUGAGACUGAGCCAGUUCUUGAUGUGCUGUCAACCAAUCUAUCAGCCAAUAACCAAAUCACGACCCAGCCACUGCAUGUCGGUGACCUUCGUCUUGCAGACCUUAGGAAGCUGAUGCAAGCUUCAGGUCACGCAGCUGAAUUCAGAGGUGAAGGUACACUGUUGGUCGACAGUGCUGUUGUGGUCCGCAAGACUGCCAACGGCAGAAUCGAGAUUGAGGGAGGCAAUUACAUGGCAUCCUCUGGCCGCCGUGAAAACUCAUUCUUUGCGGUCAGGCGUAAGGUGUACGAAGGCUUGGCCGUGAUUGCAGGUGGUUAG